UCCCCCCUAUCUACCAAUCUCUCUCUCUCUCUCUCUCUCUCUCUCUCUCUCUCUCAAUCAAGAGUCCUAACGUAGUCUCUCAAAAAAUCAUGGACUCUGAGUUGGGAGAGAAAGAAAGAGAGAACUUUUUACUCUUCCCUUUACUCUUUCAAUGCUGCAACGACCACCGUCCAAUCUCAUGGAAUUGGAGGAAUAAGUUUAGGAUCUGAAUUGGGAAACAAAUAUUUCGGAGACCCAGGAUAAGAAAACUUGGAACUUCCUUCUGUUGUUUUUUUCCGAGAGUUCCGAGAUGUUUGGGGGCAAGUGUUUCUUUUGGAGCAGAAUCUCUACUUUGUCGUCGCCUGAACCGGAGCCUUUCACUCUGCCGGCGCCGCUUCCGAAAUGGCCAAAAGGUCAAGGUUUUGCUGGCGGAAUUAUUUGUCUAGGAGAAAUAGAGGUGGUUCAAAUCACCAAGUUUGAGAGUGUUUGGAGCUGCAGUCUAUUGAAUGAUAGCAGAAAAGGUGCUGCAUUCUAUAAACCAAUAGGAAUACCAGAUGGAUUUUUCAGCCUAGGUUGCUACUGCCAACCAAAUGACCAGCCUUUACAAGGGUUUGUUCUUGCUGCUAGAGAAGUGGCUGCUCCUGAUGCAGAAGGUAGUCAUUUUUGCCACAGAAAUGACUCUCCAGCUCUUACCAAGCCUGUUGACUAUACACUAGUUUGGAGUAUAGAUGAUUGGAACGGCGACAUUCAUGAUGGAUGCGGUUACUUUUGGUUGCCACAAGCACCCGAGGGUUAUAAAGUUAUGGGGCAUUUGGUCACUAAAAAGCCUGGCAAGCCUUCACUUGAAGAAGUGAGAUGUGUCCGAGCUGAUCUCACAGAGAACUGUGAGGCCAAUUGUUUAAUUCUUGACGUGAAUUCAAAAUCUCCCCAAAAGUUUCCAUUUUGGGUUUGGAAAGUAAGACCUAGCCAUAGAGGAAUAUUGGGAAAAGGUGUAUCUGUAGGAACAUUCUUCUGCAGUAGUUCUGGAGAUGAGCUGAAUAUUGCAUGCUUGAAAAACCUCGAUCCAAACCUGCAUGCAAUGCCAAAUCUGAAGCAGGUCCAUGGUCUUAUCAGGCACUAUGGGCCUACAGUUUUCUUCCAUCCAGAUGAGAUAUAUUUGCCUUCCUCUGUGCCAUGGUUUUUCAAAAAUGGGGCCUUGUUAUACAGAAAAGGGGAAUUAGAUGGUGAAGCAAUUGAUGCUAGUGGCUCAAACCUUCCAAAUGGUGGCAAUAAUGAUGGGGAAUGUUGGAUAGACUUGCCAAAUGAUGAUCAAAGGAGUACUGUUAAAUGUGGCAACAUAGAAAGUGCAGAACUCUAUGUUCAUGUGAAACCAGCCUUGGGAGGAACAUUCACUGAUAUUGCAAUGUGGGUCUUUUGUCCCUUCAAUGGGCCAGCCACUAUCAAGGUUGGGGUUUUAAAUUUUUCACUUAGCAAGAUAGGGCAGCAUGUUGGUGAUUGGGAGCAUUUCACACUCCGUGUGAGCAACUUCACUGGUGAACUCUGGAGUAUAUACUUCUCACAGCACAGUGGUGGUGAAUGGGUGGAUGCAUGGAACUUGGAGUUCAUUGAAGGGAACAAGCCAAUUGUUUACUCAUCAAAGCAUGGUCAUGCAAGCUUCCCACAUCCUGGGAACUAUAUUCAAGGUUCUGAGAAGCUGGGGAUAGGAGUGAAGAAUGAUGCUGCUCGAAGCAACUUUUAUGUGGAUUCAAGUGUCAAGUAUCAGAUUGUUGCAGCUGAGUAUCUCGGUGAUGGAAUUGUGACAGAGCCAUGUUGGUUGCAGUAUAUGAGAGAAUGGGGUCCAACCAUUGUGUAUAGUUCUCGUUCGGAACUGGAGAAGAUAAGCAGUCUUCUUCCGGCGGUGAUCAGGUUUUCAGUGGAGAACAUUUUUGACAAGAUUCCGAUGGAACUUUCUAGAGAGGAAGGACCCACUGGACCCAAGGAGAAGAAUAAUUGGGAGGGAGAUGAAAGAGGGUAGGUUAGUUCUAUUGUCCGUCUGAUCUAGGGGGCGUCACAAAUUACCCCAUCUGGGUGUUUUGAGUAGUCUUUUGUUGAGAAGUAUGUAUAGUUGUCAUUACUGUCAGCAUAUUUAAAACAGUAGAUGUACUUCUGUGUGGGGUUGGAGGUGGGCUGGGGGGAGUGGGACUGGGGAAAGCAAAAGAGAAUAUCUCAUGUGUACCAAAGUUUUAGGUUCUUGUUUUAAACAGGGAAUUAGAUUGUUCAAAAUUAGUUACAAGAAUUUUUACUGGAAACCAAUGAUUCAGAAAUCUUGAGUGGGAGAAAUGUCUGCGUGGAUGAUACUAAGGAUGGUUAUUAUCUAUAUCAAAACAACAGGCUGACAGUUUUACAAAGCAAGCUCUGCUCCCAUCAAUGUUCCGUCUUGUGCUGAAUGAGGUGGCAAAACCUUAGCAAUGGCCGGCGUUCGAUUUCCCUUGCAACUAGGGAUCAGUCAUGAGGUCGUUUGAUCCAACUCUGAAAGCACCAUUAGUUUGCUGAUGAGAAAACAUUUUGCUCAAGGGUGAUUUGGUGGAGAUCCCAAUUAUAUUCAGAGGGGAUGGAGAUUCAAGGAGUCAGGGACAUUUAGGUUUUCUCUGAAAGAUCUGCUGAUCUGUUGAAUCUUUUGGUACUCAAUUGUUAUAAACAUGGUAUCACUGCAUUUCUUUCAGAAUGAUUCAAGACUGUAGCAAGCGUGAAUAUGAUUUAGACUUCCGGAUGGAACGCCAUCAAAUGAUAUCAGAUCAGAUUGUCUGUGGAGAGAGUUGAUGCAAUGAGUGUGCUUCAUGGCUUUGAGUGGAGGGUUCCGUCAUUACUUGUGCUGGAGAGAGUUGAUGCAAAACCUAAAGAUCUGCUGAGUUUUGAAUCUUUUGGUACUCAAUUGUUAUGAACAUGAUAUCACUGCAUUUCGUACA